AUUCGUGUGCCGUUUGUUGCUUUGGUGGCGUUCGCGUCCCAACAGGGCUCUCAUUCACCUUUCGGCAAGGUUUAGGUGAUGAUGUAGCUUAGCACACUGGUCUGCUGCGGCAACCGCACGACGGUGUUUUGUAGGCUUUUUUGGGAAACCGUCCUUGAGUGGGCGCUUGCGUGCGUGUAUGCGUGAAGGAAGAGCGUUAGUGUGCAAGUGUUGCAAGUGUUGAUAGUCAAACCCGGCCCAGCACCCAGUGACUUCAAUGCAGUGUAACCACGCGGUGUAACCACAUCCGGGCGAUUGACAUAAGGAGCUAAUUAAUCAAAAGUUUAAUCCUAACGCAAACAACAUCACCCUUAGUGUCCUUUGUUUGUUCCAUGUUUGUUCCUCGUUGUGUGACGCAUUUCUGUUGUUUCAUUACGCAAGUGUCUCCGUGUGUGUGGGUGCGCGAAAGUGCGUUUUGUUUGUGUGGGUUUUUAGUAGUGAAAUUUUUACUCAAUUUCCUGUUACGAAAUUAGUUAACUUUGACGUUACCUUUACUUACAAAGUUAAUACUUUUGUUUACGCUACGUGUUUGUGUGUUUGUGUCAUGUUAUCAUCUCAUAUCAUGUUGAAUUGUGUUGCAUUUUGUUACGAUUAUUUGUUGAAACGAUCGAUUUGUCCAGUGUGUUUGUUGUGCGUUACCGUAAACCCUUUGCGCAUCGUUGUACUGCGAUGGCACUGAAGAUGCUAUACCGUGGCCCAAGCACCAGAUUGGAAACAUUGAUUGAGAAAAUACAGCAAAGUACGAACGGUUUUGUUGGUGGUGGCAUGAUUGCACCCGGUGCAAUGGGUGGUCUCGGUGGUGUGAAAGAGUUUUCCCUCGGCCAAGAGCUUUACUCAUCACACACAUCAUCCAGCUUUUCGCCUUCGAUUUCUGACGGAAUGACAACGCCUAAUUCGAUCACAAACGAUACGAAUGAUGGUUCACUCCUGCCGUUGGGUUCCACCGAUGAAAAACCCUUCCGACAGGGUAGCGGCAAUCAUCACAUUCACCCACGGCAUCAUCACGCACAUCAUCGACGAACGGGGACGGCCGGUGGGCAUCCGUCAUCGGCGAAGGAGGGUGGCAAAUCUUCCUUAAAGCAUCAUCAUCAACUGAACAAUAAUAAUAGUAGCAGCCACAAUCACAACAAUAAUAACAACAACAAUCAUGGCAGUAAUAGCAAGGGCUUGAAUAGCACCUACCACUGUCAGUUCUGUGAGAAGACAUUCCCACGGCUCGGCUAUCUCAAGAAGCACGAACAGAGCCACACAGAACACAUGCCAUUUAAAUGCGAAUACUGUGCCCGAUUGUUUAAGCACAAACGUUCCCGCGAUCGUCACACGAAGCUACAUACGGGCGAUCGACGCUAUCGUUGUCUGCAUUGCGAAGCCGCAUUCUCCCGAAGUGAUCAUCUGAAAAUUCACAUGAAGACACACGACAACCAGAAACCGUUCCAAUGUACGAUCUGUAAUCGGGGGUACAAUACGGCUGCCGCCCUUACCAGCCAUAUGCAGAACCACAAGAAGCAACUUGCACUCACCGGCAGUCCUAACCUAACGUACAGCCCCCGAUCGACGACAAGCUCUCUAUCCAGUGGAGGAGGUGGAGGAGGAAGUGGUGGCGGGAAGCGGGGAGCAAAAUUUUCGCCCUAUGCGAAUGAUCCGUUAAUGUUGAUGAGUCGUGGAAGUUCUAAACUCUCUUCCACACUCGCGAAAGCCACUUCCGGGAAUGUCCCCAGUAAUCGUACACCGACCCCGGGUAGUACUGGUGCGGGAAGUACAUCGGGAGCGCCAGGAGGUGGUGGUACUCAUGUAGAUACAUUAUCAUGUCCAUACUGUACACGAACCGAUUUUAGCACACUAGAGCAACUCGGACUUCACGUACAGUCUAUGCACGGUCACGGAGCGCUUGGAUUGUUGGGAGCGGACACAUCAAUGCCCUACUUCACAUCCGGUAGUCGGCGCGCAGUAACACCGGACGGAAGUUCACUUUCCCUCAGUGGGCUUGGUCCCUAUCCUCCAAUCACGUGCGAGUUCUGUACGAUGAAGUUCCCAACCGUGCCGUUAAUGUUUGCCCAUCUGAAGACAUCCCAUCUGGACCGGCUGGCUGGGGCAGGACUUCAACGUAGCUCCCCGAAUGGAACUACCGGCAGUCCAUUGGGAGGAUCACGUCCACCGAGUGGGUUCCAUCCGCUAGAACAAUUACACUUCAACAAGAGUCUACUGGGGAAUGCUUUCCCUUCGUUCUACGGUGGAGCGAUGGGCGCUGGUUCGUCGACCAAUAUGUCCAGUAUGUCCGGUGGCAGCAUUAAAAUGGAACAUCGACCAACGGCUAGUUCGAAUGGGCGGGAUGAAAAUGAAAACGAAGCGAGUGAAAUGGGACGAAAGCGUAAACGGAAAGGACAUGAUGGGGAGGAUAAGGAGAAGAAUAACCGCAAAGCUGACAAGCAACAAGAAGGCAUGGAAGCUGAUGCUAAUGAUGAGGAUGAGGAGCAUGUCGAUGAAACCGAUGGUAACGCUAAUCGGAGUGGUUCAGUUGACUUGAAAGAAACAGGAAAUGCCCACGAAUUGGAAGCCGCGAUCAUUAAACAGGAACGAAAGGAAGAAACAGAUCCAGUAAUUCCUGAAGCUACAUCACCAUCCACCUCGACACGAUCGUCUCCGUGCGAUUCUCUCGGUUCGAUUGCGCAUCCCGUAAGUCAUCCGCCAUCUGGACGAAACACUCCAGCAGAACAGCUUACACCGACCGAUCUCAGCCAGCCGAAGAUGAAAAGAUUAAAGUUAGAGACACUGCUGGAGGAUGAAGAAGUACCGGACAAAAAGGUGAUGGUUGGGUCUGGCCGGUCUCACUCUCGCGACGUUCACAAACAACGUGGUGGUGCUACGAAUCGACGAGAAGGCGAACUAAAAGAUUCACAUCUAUCCACCCAGCACCAGCACAUUUCCGUUCCUCAGUUGCAUACGGGUGGCGUUGGUUCGAACGCACCGUCCUCUCAGCAACUCGCUGCUUCCAGUUCUAGCGCCUCUCAUCACGCCCAUCAGCUUCCUGGUGCUUAUCUUUGCAAUCAGUGUAAUGCCGCGUUGCCCGAUUUCGAAUCAUUCCGUACCCAUUUGAAGGCACAUCUGGAACAGAGUGCGGCUAAUGCAGCGGCAGCUGCAGCGAUGAGACUCGCCGGUGAACAUAACGCUGGUCCUCCAGGAGGUUCCAACAACUCCUCCACAUCCGGUACAUCGGGUGGAUCGCUUUCACUGACCACCUUUCUCUGCCAGCAGUGUGGAGCAACGUUGAGCUGUCAGGCAGAGUACGAGCAGCAUACGAUUGGCCAUUUCUUGGUGAUGGCAGUAGAAUACCGAUGUCAGGCGGCUGGUAGUGGAUCGACCGGAAGUUCCUGCAGCGGUAAAACAGCCUUCGGUAAGGUGGAAGAUCUACACAAACAUCUUUACGAAGGUCACAUGCAGCUGCUGUACAAGUGUACCGUUUGUGGGGAAACGUUCGAAUCGAAGGUCCAGGUGCAGGUGCACUUUGCCGUCAGUCAUUCGGUCGAGGUAAAGCUGUACCGGUGUUCGGCCUGUGCAGAGGUAUUCCGAUCUGAACGCGAAUUUCGACAACAUAUUCGAAACCGGCAUUUGACGGCAGGUGCUGUACAGUGUAUGUUCUGCCGGAUGGUUUGUUCGUCCGAGCUGGAGAUGCAUUUCCAUCUCGCAUCACACGCUAGGAAGUUUAAAUGUCCAGCCUGUCCCGAAUCAUUCCACGUCGAGUUCCUGCUAGACCGUCACAUUCAGACGCAGCACAGCCAGAAGGAAACGAACUCACCGAAUCGUAGAGAACCUAAUGCGAGCCAUGCACUAUCCACGGUACCAUCUACUGUACCCUCUACCGCUUCUUUAACGGCUUCCACGGCAACGGGUACUUCCGUGUCCACAACAGCCACCUCAGCUGUUGCAGGACUAGAUUAUCUGCAGCUGCAUGGACAAAUGGCGGCAAUGGCAGCGGCCGCUGCAUGGCCCAGCCUCUACCAGACCGCCAACAAGUUCUACAACAACCCGCUCCAGGUGGACACAUUGAGCCAACUAAAGCAUCCGCAGCAUCUUCUGCACGGAUUCUACGAUACGAUGCUUGGAAAGGCUCAUCAGCAGCAGCAGCAACGUACGUCCUUCAUUGCCGAUCCUCCAACCGGGUCUGGGACCACAAUCGGAAGUAAGAAGAAUCCUUUCACUGGUCAAUCACCUAAUACCAGUGCUACCAAUGCACUGCUUGGACUUGGCUAUGGAACAUCUUCAUCCGCAAGUACCGGAACAUCACAGCCUCAAAGAUCGGCUGGAUCUCACACGCUUAAUGGUUCCGCUUCUGGGUUGUAUUCCCCCGAGGAGGGUACCAAUGCAGGAACGAAUGUCCCAGCUGGAAGUGGUAAACUUUACUCUCCCAUUGCCAUGAUUCAACGGUACGGUGAUAAUGGUGGUUUACAUUCAACUGGUGCAACUGGGACCAGUGGUGGCACAUCUCGACCAGGCGUAGAAUCACCAACCGGCCAACUACUGCUGGCAUCGCACACUACACUUGGACUAUCGGAUCAUCAUCAUAGUGAGCAGACGGGAAGAAAAACGAACCAGCAAACGAAUGCAAAGCCGUCUUCCACUUUGGCCGCUUCUGGUUCAACACCACAACUUGCCACUACCGGUGCAGGUAGCUGCUACAGCUGCGGUAUCUGUGAGCGAUCCGAUUUUAGCACGGAAAGUGAAGUCCAGACACAUCGGAAAAUUGUCCACAACUUAAAGACGGGCGUUAGUUUGCGGUGCGCGUACUGCAAUGGUGACUUCCGGUCAAGGAAUGAGCUGGAAAAUCAUAUGAAGGUCGCACACAAUACGGGUGGUGGCAAGCACAAAUGUUUGAUUUGUGACGAAAUCUUUCCCUCGCCAGCGGUACUGGCGGAGCAUAAGCUGUCCCACUGUAAGGUGGGUGCGUCCGGACGCUGUUCACACUGCAGUCUCCCGUUGCCCGAUGCACACACCUUCAAGCAGCAUCUGCAGGUCCAUCAGCCUGUGACGGGCGGAUCAUCUACAAAUCCAUCAACCGGAGGAGGUGCACCAGGUACAGGCAGUGCUGGCGGUGGUCAAACCGGUGUCAAUGCUUCUUCCUCUACAAAUGGCAAUGGAAAUGCGUCCGGAAGUUCCAAUGCGGAACAGGAACGAUUCCCUCAACAGUGUAUCUGCUGUCGGCAAACGCUUAAUUCCGAGUUUGAGAUCAGUCUGCAUGCUAAAUUCCAUACCAAAUCUCCGGACACAAAUGAGCGUACUUGUGCACUCUGUUUGGAACCGCUACCAUCACAACCCGAAUCUAGCACCAAAAUUUGUGAUCCUUGUUUGAAACGGCACAACUUCCCUUCGAAGCUUCUCUCGAUGAAUUUCCUUAAGCCUAGCGCGUCCACGUCUUUAGGGCAAACCCCAACAAUCGCAGGUCCUACACAUGGGGGUAUCGUUGGACCAUCAACCGUUCCUAUCGAAGGAAGGACACCGACUUCCGGUGGUAUUCAACACGAACAGCAACCAAGCGGUGGAAGAGACAGUUCAUCCUCCUCACUGUAUCAGUGUAAUCUCUGCAAGAAACCGCUACCAUCCAGCCAAAAGCUCCAGGAACAUCUGAUCGAUCACACAUUCGCCGGCUGUGAAGAACGAGGCUAUGUUUGUUACCUUUGCUCAGCCGUUUUCACCUCCUCUGCAGGUUUGCAGGCUCAUCUGCCGGUGGCACACACAAACGCUGCCGCGAAACCGUACGAUUGCGAACGGUGUGGAGUGGCGUACUUCUUCCGUGCCGAACUGGAGCAUCAUCUGAUCGAUCAUGAGCUGGGAAGAUCGGUGCGAACGGUCACUGGUUCAUUUGAACAUUCGUCCACAGUACGAACUGGAGACGAUGGUGAGUGGCGCUCGGAACAAAAUUCACCAGUGUCUGAAGACGAUGGCUUAGGGCAGCCGCAAAGGAGUCACAUCAAGCAGGAACUUUGUGAAACGGAACAGGACCGAUCGUCACCGUAUUGUCACAAGGAGGAAGAUACCGAGGAAGAAAACGAAGAGCGAGAACCGACUGGAAAUGACGAGGAUGGAGAAGAAGAAUGUGUGAAUGCGGAACAACAAAUAGAUGGGGAGGAUGCGGAAUUGAACCGUAUCGAGGCUAAUGAUGGUCAGCAGAUAAAGCACAAUGCAGGUGAAAGUGUUUACCAACAUAAAAACGAUGCUAUUGAUGAUGAUGUAGCAGGUAGCGAAGAAUCUAACGAUGCAACCAAUGAGGGUGAACUGAUGGAGGAGAGAGAACAGUCACAGGAACAGGACGAUGAGGAAGAGUACAUUGAGGUUGAUGAACACACGACGCCGGAUGACGUUGGAGGCAAACCAACGCAUAACGAGCGUCUUCGCCGACCGUCGAACAUGUUGCUCAAUGGAGGAAAGGAUUGUUCUACACUAACAGGUACAACAACUCCAACGCUUCCGGUUGUUACUGCGGCCGAGUAGAGAAACAAAACUCCCUGUAGAAUUAUCACCUGCCCCAGUUAUCAAUAGAAUAAAGAAAGAAAGUGAAACGACACGAUAUGAUAGGAUAAUGAUGUUCCGAUUAGAACGUGAGGUGAAGUCCAAGCUAAAUCGAACCUAGAACGCAAUAGAACUCAAACGCACAAACACCAGAUACACAACACACACACACCACUCGAUCGAUUUCGUCCUUUUGUAGAACAAUGAAAAACAAACAAAUGUGUAGCCAUUUUAAUAUGUAAGUUGCAAGGCAAGAGGAAAACAAACAAACAGCAAGGCAAAACAUGGAAUGCAAAUUCAAAUAUUGAACAUUUUUAGCAAAGCAAAGGGAGGGCAUUUCAUUUGUACAUUGUGGAAGAUUUGUAGUAGCCAGUAGCUUAGCAAUCUCGGUUUUGGGUGUGCGCGAAUCCGUUCAAUUUAGCCAACUUGAUCUUUGACUCUUCGACGGAAACUAAACUAAAUUCCUUCCUUCCCCUUUCUAGAGUCGGGAGCGCUCCCAUGCUCGUUCUUAUAAUCAUAUCAAAACAACAAACACACCAAGACGCUUUUAGUGAAAAUGUAGUACCAGUGUUUUGUAUAUUUAUUAUUUCGCACGUAUGUACACGCACAGGAUAUAAUGAUCAAUAAAGAAACUAGUAGAACAUUAA